ACUGAACAUCGCGGCGCGACGAGCAAUAAACCGAACACACACGAAGAAUAUAGUGUUAUUAAAUACUCAAUAUCCCAAAAUUAAUUUAGACACUGAGCACCUCCCCCUGCAACGAUACUCCUGCUUCAAAGCAGCAGGUUGUGAGCUCGCGCUGGAGGAGCUGUGUGAUGCUGCUGAACACACCCUGCAUUUCGUUGUCUUUUCACAUCAGCGUUAACCAUCCAGCUGAAGAACAUCAAAACCUUCACUAAAUAUGUGACGUAGUACCGGGGGACUGCAUCUGCUUCAGGGUACUGUGAUGAUGGCAGGGUCAAAGAUGUCUGUGCAGCUGGCUGUGCUGGUGCUCCUCUCAGUGCUGCUGACAGGAGCAGCCCAUGCUGCCGGGCCUGAGAUGGACCCAUACAAAAUCCUGGGAGUAACCAGGAGUGCAAGCCAGGCUGAGAUCAAGAAGGUCUAUAAGCGUCUUGCAAAAGAAUGGCAUCCUGACAAAAACAAGAAUCCGGGUGCUGAGGACAUGUUUAUCAAGAUUACCAAAUCUUAUGAGAUCCUGUCCAGUGAAGACAAACGUGCCAAUUAUGACCGUUAUGGGCAGACUGAUGACACCCAGCCAUACGGCGGCGGCGCUCGCUACGGUCAGCGCAAAGAAGGCUUUUACUUUGACGAGUCCUUCUUCAACUUUCCCUUCAACAGCAAGAACCACAGGGACUUUGCUGACAGCAAGUAUACGUUGCACUUUAACCAGUAUGUCAACGACGUAGUGCCUGACAGCUACAAGAGACCGUACCUGAUAAAGAUCACGUCUGACUGGUGCUUCAGCUGCAUCCACAUCGAGCCUGUAUGGAAAGAGGUGGUGCAGGAGAUGGAGACUCUAGGUGUCGGGAUAGGCGUGGUGGAUGUUGGCUAUGAGAGACGGUUAGCCAAUCACCUCGGUGCUCAUCGCACCCCAUCAAUACUAGGAGUCAUUAACGGCAAAGUGACAUUUUUCCAUUACGCUGUAGCAAAGGAGCACCUGAGACAGUUUGUAGAAGACCUUCUUCCUCAGAGACUUGUGGAGUGGGUCACCGACAAGAAUGACCUGCAGUUCUUGAGCAGCUGGCAUGAGCUCAACAAGCCACACGUGCUUCUGUUCGACCAAGUGCCUGUAGUUCCUCUGCUUUACAAGCUGACAGCAUUUGCUUAUAAGGACUACCUGCAGUUUGGCUAUGUGGACCAGGGCCUUUCAGAGACCGCUGAGCUGCAGAAACAGUUCAAUAUUAACACCUACGCUCCGACCAUGUUGGUGUUCAAAGAGAACGUUGACAAGCCUGCUGACAUCAUACAGGCUAAAGGAAUGAAAAAGCAAAUCAUUGAUGACUUCAUGUCAAACAACAGAUUCCUCCUCGUGCCACGGCUGGUCAAUCAGAAGCUCUUUGAUGAGCUCUGUCCGGUCAAACAGUUCCAUAGACGCAGGAAAUACUGUGUCCUGCUGAUCACGGGUGACGAAGAGACCUUUUCUUUUGGGAACCAGGCGUUUCUUUCAUUUGCCUCUACCAAUAGCAAGGAAGUUGUGAGAUUCUCUUAUGUGUACCAACGGCUACAGCAACCUCUUUGUGACAUCUUCAUGCAGAACAAGGACACUGCAGAGUCACCAGCACAGGUGGUGAUCCUGGAGCGGCGUAAUGCUGCAGGGAAGGCCUUGUUCAAGCCAGUGACCGCCUGGAACGGCAGUGAGGAAGACAAGCAACGUCUUCUGGAGGAGCUGGAGCGACUUCAGAAGGACCCGUCCAUCCUCGUCCACGACGCCAUGCUGCCCGAGCUCAACAACGAGUUUGCCUCUAUGUUUGUAAUCCGAUGGAUCUAUGCGUCGUACGAUUACCUCGCUGAAGUCAUCGAUGACAUCCUGCACAACAACUGGCGUGAGAUGAUGCCUCUUCUGUCCCUCAUCUUCUCUGCCUUGUUCAUCUUGUUUGGAACUGUGGUCGUCCAGGCCUUCAGUGACUCCAGUGAAGAUAAGCAGAUGAAACCAAAGGCAAAGGAUGGAACCAAAGCAGAAAACGGGUCACCAGGGACCGGUAGUGCUUCAAGUCGGCCUCCCAAGAAGAAUUUUGUGGAGGUGACGGAGCUGACGGACAUCACUUACAUCAGCAACCUGGUGAAGCUGAGGCCAGGACACAUGAACAUAGUGCUGGUGCUCACUGACGCAUCCAAGAACAUCCUUCUUAGCAAGUUUGCCAAAGAGGUCUACUCCUUCACAGGGAGCAUGACGCUGCAUUUCUCCUUCCUGAAUAUCGACAAGCACGGUGAGUGGAUGAUCACACUGCUGGAAUAUGCCCAGGACGCCAUGCAGAUCGAUGCGGACGAGGAUGACGGGGGAAGCCACAAGAUGGACUACACCGGAUAUGUGCUGGCACUUAACGGCCACAAAAAGUACCUUUGCCUGUUUAAGCCCGUCUACACUGGGGAAGACCUCGACAGUAAGUCGUCUGAGGAUGAAGGAGGCAAUUCAGGGGGGAGGUCGAGGUCCAGCUCCCGUGACGACCACCUGCCGCGCAGAUCCAACCGAUCCCGCAGCUUAUCCACCCUGCAGAUCCACCACAAGCUGGACCGCCUGGGGUUAUGGAUGGAAAGGCUCAUGGAAGGCACUUUGCCUCGCUACUACAUCCCAACGUGGCCAGGACUAGACAAGAUCACCCCCGGUAAAUAGAUCGAGGCGAGUGAGAAAGGACUUCCUAUUAAUCUACUGUCACACUGAAACAUCUCCCCUCGUGUUCUGCUGAAGUAAGGCUAGAGCUGCCUUUUUGUGCACAUGAGAUAUUUAAUUGUUACAGAUGUCUUUAAAGGUGCAAUGUGUAACCGCAAGCCACAUGCUCCAAAUAAAUAGGGGGCAGCAUUUCACCUCUACUCAAUUUGCUGUCAUCAGUUAUUUAAAAACUACUAACUCACAGCAGGACAACACUGCACACAAUUUGACCAAACUGCUGAAACUCUGAGAGCCGGUUAAAUAACACGGCUAUCUUCUAAUCUCCACGUGUGGCGUCGGCCAUAGUUUACGUUAGCCAAUCUUUUUGCGUUCACUGGGCCAUUAGUUGUGCUGUGAGGUCUGCGUACGCUUUGAUAGUCCUUCCAAUGGACUAAAUCAGGAGACUACUUCGGCAGGAGGCGAGCGAGUGGCAGCGCCGGGAGACGGACAUUCAGUUAGCGGCCAUAGCAACUCUAAUUCGGCCAGCACAAACCCCAGCACCGGGAGUAACAGCGUCCUGGUGGAACACUGGGUCUUACCUGUGUAACGGCAGCAACAGAGAGUUUGCUGGUAGGGUGGGUAGUAGGGGCAGUCCCCUGGGAUCAGACCCCCGGCGCUGGGGUUUGCACUUGUUGAAUUCAAGUUGCUACAGCCACUAAGCAAAGGUCUGUCUCCCAGAUCUGCCGCCUGCUCUAUUUUUGGUGAAGGAGCCUGUUAACGGGGAGGCGAAACAAAAAUAUGAGAUGUUUUCUCAAUUCUGCCACUUUGGAUUUAAUCCAAUAAGCAAACUAUCAAAACACCACAUGAACCACGGAUGUAUUAUUGACAAGACCUCCGGGCAGCUUUACUUCUUCGUUCUCUGGUCUGAGGGCAGACUGGACACUAUAGUGACUCACUAUCGCCUCUAGAGGAACAAGUGGUAUUACAAGACAGGAUGGGCCGGGGCUAGCUGGUUAGCAUGCUAAUUUCAGUAGAUUUCUCUGCAACACAAGAAGUCUUUGACAGAACAUCAACACUGUUACUUCUUCGCAUUCUGUUGGUGAUGUAAGUUCAUUUUUUUAAAUGUUUUUAACCAAAAUUCUUGCAAUAUCUUACACAUUGCACCUUUUUAAAGUUGGGUCAAUAAUACAAACUUGGCUUUAGUGCAACUACUGUGGGACUGGUCCUUCUUACACUCAUCGCAUGCUGUUUUCAACUGUUGGUAGUCAUAUGUUAUUCAGGCUAAUGCUGCUGCUACAGCCUGUGAACAGAUAAAAAAUCACUGUGGCCAGCUGUACUCUCCUGCCUUCAUGACCAUCAGUCACACACACACACACACUAACGGAGGCAGGAUGACUACCUUAGUCUUCAUUGAUGAAUACUGUGAAUAGAGAUGCAUGUCUCUAACACUAAAUGUCUUGCCUUUUCAUGCAUCUCUGCCCACAUUUAAUUUUUUCAGUUAUAGAUGAUUUCCUGAAUGCUGACUGGCUUGUGCAAUACUGCUGAUAUGACAAAGCCUUGGUUUAUUUAACAACCUCUGUUAGCCAGUAGCUUUAUGUAGCAAACAUUAUGAACAGGGUGUCCAUUUCAUUUUUCUGAAUGUUUCCCAAAUGGCCACGAUUGACUGACACAUUAUCAUUAUGUCAUCUUUAAUUAAGUAGACAUGAAAGUAAAGUCAAACCACUGUGUGCUACUUGCUUGGGUUAUUAAAUUGAUAUGUCAACACUAAGUGUAAAAAUGUUAUUGAUAUAAUUUGUUGGUACAAUGUGAUGUAAAUAUUGUACAUAAUCAUGUUAUCGAUUGGACCUGUAUUUUAAAGAGUAUGUAGCUUGAAAGAUAAGGUGACUGUUUUACAUGGAUUUAUCAAAAUGCUGUAGUUAUGUUCUUUUCUUUUAGUUUUCUUUAGGAUCUUCUUUUACAAGAUAGUGUAAAGAAAACGAUGUCUUUCAAUGUUUCAGUUGAUCUUCAGUAGUGCAUUUAUCCUCUUGUUGGUUGUAAUAAAAUGCUUUAUGUUUGUUAAA